AUCGCAGAUCCUUCCUGCGCCUUUAUUCCUCCACUCUCUGUCAUCCUCUCUCUCUUUCUUCUCCUCCUCUGGACGAGCUCACAGCAUCCAUCAUCUCCAGCCUGCACUCUAUGAGACUCUGUACAACCCUCCAUCUGCACGGGGGCUUUUCGAGAGGAAUUCUUAGGAAUAAGAUCAGCGAUGUUCCUGCAUAUACUGCUGGGUGCCAUCUGCCUCUUUGUCUUGUCAUCUUCUACCGUCCUCAGCCCUGCAGCAGAUGAGUCCACGUUCUUGCAAGUGACCAUUCCUGAUAGCCCCCCAGUGUCUGCUAUUUUGGGGGGCUCCUUGACUCUGCCCUGCCUGGUGAGUCUGUCCCGGACCCCGUCUUUGGGCCGACAUGUUGUACUGACCCAGCCACGAGUCAAAUGGAGCUUUCUUUCAUCAAACAGAGAGACAGAGAUCUUGGUGGCCCGUGGUGAGCGGGUAAAGGUGAGUGAGUUGUAUAAAGGCAGGGCGUCACUGCUGAAUUAUGCCACCUCUUCAGCUGAUCUCACCCUCAGACUGGAUGGACUGAUACACAACGAUACAGGCUUUUACCGCUGCGAAGUCCAGCACGGCUUGGAGGACGCUCACGACCAGGCCCAAGUUAAAGUAAAAGGUGUUGUCUUCCACUACCGCAAUACCUCAAGUCGCUACGCCUUCACUUUUGAUGAGGCCAAAGAUGCGUGUGAGGAUAUUGGAGCUCAGAUUGCUUCUCCAGAACAGCUGCUGGCUGAGUACCACAGUGGUUAUGAGCAGUGUGACGCUGGCUGGCUUUCAGAUCGUUCCGUUAGAUACCCAAUCCAGAUGCCACGUGAAGGGUGUUUUGGAGACAUGGAUGGAUUACCAGGCGUUCGAAACUAUGGCAUGGUGGAUAAUGAUGAACUAUAUGAUGUGUAUUGCUAUGUGGAGAACAUUCAUGGGGAGGUUUUUCAUGCGUCAUCCCCACACCGCUUCAGCUUUUUGGAAGCUAAGACAUACUGUGAGCAGCAGGGAGCUCAACUAGCCACCACUGGCCAACUGUACGCCGCAUGGAAUGAUGGUCUGAACCACUGCAGUCCUGGCUGGCUUGCUGAUGGAAGCGUUCGCUACCCCAUCGUGACCCCUCGUGAACGGUGUGGGGGUUCUGAACCUGGUGUGAAGACAGUUUAUCGUUUUAGCAAUCAAACAGGAUUCCCCGAACCACACACUCACUAUGACACCUACUGCUUCAGAGCUAACAGCAACUCUCAGACAGUCCCACCCAUAGAUCAUAUGGCAACAGAGCCAGAGGAUCCCGAGCAGCAUAUUGUGACUUUAGCAGAUUCCCAUGAGGAGUACAGUGUGGAUCAGAUCACUCAGCAGUCAGAAAAUGAAGCUCAGGGGGCUGUUGAGUCCUUCCCCAUUUAUAGCAUGCAGACUACUUCAGAACCUGAGGAACACAGCCACACCACAAGCCCUCAGUUGGAUGAAAAUAGCACCUAUACAGAGUCCACCACCCCAACCAGCACAGAGAGGUAUCUUGAGUCCACUGAGGUCACCUGGCAAAAAGUUGAGUCUGUUCCAGAGAUUUACAUUGAUGCAAAAUACAUUGAUUUCACACAAAAAGGAGAACCAGAAAUAAAAGCUUCAGCAAUUGAUGGUGUUGAGAGCAGCAAUCAUAGACACUAUCAACCAAUGCCAGAUACCAACUUACAGCCGGGAGAGCCCGUCGACUUCAUCCCACCUACAGAGGCUCAGCCAGAGACAACAGAGGAGCCACCCUCUCAACCGAAGGAGAUAGAUGGGUCCAAACACUUCCAACCCAUGCCUGAAACCAACCUGGAGGAUGAGGAUAAAGAUAAUGUGACUAGUGAGAUCUCCAUGACCACUGAGGGUACUACAGUGGAAUAUGACUCAAGCAGUGCCAACGCAACUCAGCAUGCUCCAGUCCAGUCAAGUCCCUCAACAUCCCUACCUGAAGGUGCUACAGUAGAAGAAGAUGCAGGAAAAAUCACAGAAACUCCAGAGUCAGAUGAAGACCUGGGUCUUUUUACACACACAUCUCAGUCCACCUCAACAAGCACAUCCAGCACUGAAGGUUGGUUGGAGGGUUCUGGUGAAGAUUUGACCUUGAUAUCCACACAAAAAUCCGAACAUCUGGUCACAUCAGAUGGGUCACCAGAACAUCUGGUCACAUCAGAUGGGUCACCAGAACAUCUGGUCACCUCAGAUAAAUCAUAUGGAGCAUCUACACCUGAGACUAUGACAGAGAGCUUCUCAUUAACGCAUCUGAACAGUAUUAGCACAACUUUUAAACCCAGACAUGAAGACAGUUCUGCAGACCAUCAAAAUGCUGAGGAGACCUCAACUGAGGCUCUUCCUGUGUCUGUUAGUGCAGUUGAUGAUGCCAGUAAUUAUUCAACUGUGAGCACGACACCGAAGGAAACCGAAGCUUCUGAAGGGUCUGGUGAUCAUGAUGACAUACUGCCAGUCACACUGUUGAGCACCCCUACACCUCAUCUGUUAGGCACAUCAACCACACAAGGGCCUGCACAGGUAGAAAUCAAUUCUCCACAAGAAAUGGAAGCUGUCCUUUCUGAAAGCACAACUCCAUCUAGCCUUGGGAUUGUGGAAGAAGAAUUUGAGAAGGUGGAACAGGAAGGGCUUGGAGAGGAACCUAGUCAACAAGUCACCACAUCCACUGAGGUUAACAGUUCUACUGUAACUUUCAUCGUUGAUGCAAGUGAUGAGGAUGAGGAUGAGUCUUCCGGAGAAAGAGAACCUGCAGGAAACGGUUCUUCAGUUGUUAACCAUCCAUACUUAAAUGUGUCCACCAUCACUCCUUCUAAUCUAACAGAAAUGCAAGACCACAAUGAAACAAGUAGUGAUAAUGAUGAUAAUCAGGCCAGCACUGUGGGAACCACGAAAAGUCUGGAGGUUACGUUUCUUCCUCAUGGGACCCAAAGUCCCAUCUGGCAAACUGUGGCCUCUUCCACAAACCCAGGAGAGUUCAGAGCAGAUGUUGAAUUCAGUGGGGAAGCAGCACUUACCACAGAUGACAUCAAAGCCGUAGAUGAAUCUGACUCCACCAAUGCACCCAUCAAUGAGCAGACAAUGCAAACCCAAAAACCAUCCACUACAACAGCUUACAAUGAAGAUAAUGAUGAUGAUGAUAAUGAUUAUGAACUCAUGACCAAAGCAAACACAGACAAUAUGGAAGAUGAGAAUGAUGUCAAAACCACACCUGAGUCUUCUACUCUAGCUCCCAGACCCACACAGAGAGUGUUGGUCAGGACAGGCUACAUUUCAGAUGCAUGUCUGGAGAACCCUUGUAAAAAUGGAGGCACAUGUGUGGACAGCGGAGCAGGUCAUAGGUGUCUCUGUCUACCCACUUACGGAGGAGACUUUUGCGAGACAGAUCUAGAACACUGCGAACCAGGCUGGGAAAAGUUCCAAGGGUUUUGUUACAAACACUUCACCAAACGGCAAAAAUGGGAGGUGGCAGAGCAGCACUGUCGCAUGUGUGGAGGUCACCUGGUCUCUGUUAUGUCACCUGAGGAACAGGAGUUUAUCAAUGAUAAAUACAGGGAGUACCAGUGGACGGGUCUCAAUGACAAAACCAUUGAGGGAGAUUUCCGUUGGUCAGAUGGAAACCCUCUGUUGUAUGAGAAUUGGUAUCGUGGACAACCAGACAGCUACUUCCUGUCAGGGGAGGAUUGUGUUGUGAUGGUGUGGUACGAUGAUGGGCGUUGGAGUGAUAUCCCUUGCAACUACCAGCUGUCCUACACCUGCAAGAAAGGCAUUGCAGCGUUCUGUGGCCAACCCCCUCUCUUGCUGCACGCUAAAAUGUUUGGACGACGUCAGCUAAAGUACAGGGCCAAUUCACAGGUGCGCUACUACUGUGAGCCAGGCUUCAUCCAGAGACAAAACCCUAUCAUCACAUGUCAGAGCAACGGACAGUGGGAGGAACCUAAGAUCACUUGUUCACCAGGACCAGCGUACUCAAACGGAGAACUGGUAACAUGGCCCACAGGUCAAAACAAGGAAAUAAUCAUAGAAGAGACAACAACAAAAACAACAACACCUGAGUAUUUGGAUAUAAAAUGGAACUUUUAAAACAAGCACACAGCAUAGUAGCAUUUCAUUGUUUCUUUCACUCUCCUGUUUAUCAUGUCAUCCCUUCGUUUAUCCUCCUUAAAACAUCAACUGAUCAGCUCUACGAAGUUUUUAUAUAACAGUAAUGUUGUAUAAAAAAUGGUCCCACUUAAUGGUUUAAUGGUACUUCCAAUUGGAUAACAGUAUAACAGGAUACUUAAAUUAGACAUAAGAGGUAUUAAUGUUUGUUUUUCAUCUCUCAGUCCUUUUCUUCUCCUUUUUACUCUCUGUAGAACAUGACACUGAAUUACAUUUUGUAAUUCUAAGAUACCGUAAAAGCACACUUGAUAAAAUGCAAUUUCCAAACAAAGCUUGUAUCUGUUUGGUCCAGACACCUGUUCUGUUUCAUUUCAUCCUUUUGUUUUUUUUUUAAUAAAUUAUGAGAUAAACCUAUGAACAAGUGCUCUCUAACAUCAGCUGGUCUGAAUCAUUUACAUUGUUACCCUGUAGUGACUAAAUAUGUCUGUCUUUAGCAGUAUUACUUAUCCAUUCUUAAACAUUUAGUGUCUUGUGUUUUUCCUCACUUAGAA